GUGUCGGUUAUACGAAUAUAUGAUGUGCUCCGAUGUUGUCUAAGGUAGUUUCAGCCUGUAAAAUGCUGGUUAUACAAUUCUAAAAGAAAUUGCAACAAAAUCAAAGAAUGAAGGACAAAAGGGAAUGAAAUACUCUGAGACGUACUGAAACUUGUGAUAAUUGAGUGCUGAUAGAUAAUUGUGUAUACGUAAAAGUAUUAGCAAAGGACAUCUUAUAUCUGUUUUGUGUGACAUCUUUAUCAUUCUGGGUUAAAUAACUGGCUUCACAAAUUUACAAUGAUUAAACAGUCAUCAUUUCUGAAGUGGGCGCAGAACAAUAAGAAUGCCAAUAAGACAGGAAACAGAGUGUGGAUCCAUCCCUCAGAAGUCCUGGAAGCAGGUCAUGUGGCCUACUUAGUCAAGUUUCUAGGAAACACUGAGGUUGAACAGCCUAAGGGUAUAGAUGUGGUGAAACAAGGAAUUCGGAAACUAAGGUUCACACAAAACCUGAAGAGAUCAGAGGGAGGAAAAAUACCAAAAGUUGAAUUGACAAUCUCUGUAGAUGGAGUGGCCAUCCAAGAUUUCAAAACAAAGAAAAUAUUCCAUCAGUUUCCCCUUCAUCGGAUAUCUUACUGUGCUGAUGACAAGUCAGAUAAAAAGUUCUUCAGUUUUAUUGCCAAAGAAGAAAGUGAAAAACAUAGUUGUUUUGUCUUUAUUAGUGACAAACUGUCACAAGAAAUAACACUUACAAUUGGACAAGCCUUUGAUUUGGCCUAUCGUCGUUUUCUGGAAUCAUCUGGUAAAGACAUGGAAAUGAAGAAGAAUUACAUGAUCCUUCAAAAAAGGGUACAGGAACUGGAAGUUGAAAAUGCUGAAUUACAUAGUCCAGGAUUAAUCUUUAUUAAUGGUAUAACCAAAAAGCCACCAGAAAACAAUUUGUUUAAUUCUUCUCCUGAAAUUCCACCUCCUAUUCCAGCUCGUACAUUUGAAACCAUCUCACCAUCAAAUAUUCUUGCAGAGUAA